AUGCUCGGCGCGCUUGGCAUCGUCUUCCCCGAGCUGCUGGCGCGCAACGGCGUGCCGCUGCAAGAGGCGGUGUGGUUCAAGGCGGGCGCGCAGAUUUUUUCAGAGGGAGGGCUCGACUACCUGGGCAACCCCGCGCUCAUCCACGCGCAGAGCAUCCUCGCCACGCUCGCCGUUCAGGUGGUGCUGCUGGGCGCGGUGGAGAGCUACCGCGUGGGUGGUUUGGAGGGGUUCCAGGAGGUGGAGGAUCCGAUCUACCCGGGCGGCGCGUUCGACCCGCUGGGGCUGGCGGACGAUCCCGACGCGGCGGCGGAGCUGAAGGUGAAGGAGCUCAAGAACGGGCGCCUCGCACAGGUGUCGGCGCUGGGCUUCUUCGUGCAGGCCAUCGUGACGGGCAAGGGGCCCCUCGAGAACCUCGCGGACCACCUCGCCGACCCCACCGCCAACAACGCGUGGGCAUAUGCGCAGAACUUCGUCCCCGGCGCGUAA